GGUCGCGGGAGAACACAGGCGCACAGGGAGUGUCUCAUAUUUCACGGUGAGAAACACCGUGCCGCACUUUGCGCACCGCCUAGAAGACUCACUUAAAAAUCCACCAAACGUGGACUUUAACUUGAAACUUACUUUUUACGCACCUGAUACGACACUCUAACUGUAGCGGUCUGGCCAUGUGGAUGCGGUCAUUACGCACUGAAGCAGUAGCAGAACUCUUAUGUCUGCCAGUUGAUCUGGACAUUGAAAGCGUGUCGUUUUUCCUUCCUCUUAUUAUCUUUAAUCUGAACAGUCAUAUGAAGUAGGAUUUGCUUGGAGUCCAGGUUUUGUGGUGAGACUGUGCGCCUGUCAACUGGAGUCGUGUGUUUUGUUGCAGUAACCGAAAAGAAACAUGAAUGUUUCCAUCUUCAACGUGACCCAGGGCGCGCUGUUUAACGGCAGUCAGACCCUUGCCGGGGCUCUGGAUAUAUUCUCAAGUAACAGCACGGACGCCACGGUGACCGGCGACGGCGGAGGGUCCCUGGUGCUGCUGCAAGACGAACGCAAACUCUUAGUCAUGCGUGUGGUGCAAAUCGCGGUGCUGUGUGUCUUGUCACUCACUGUCAUGUUCGGUAUAUUUUUUCUCGGGUGUAACCUUAUGAUCAAAUCAGAAAGCAUGAUUAACUUCCUGGUGAAAGAACGGAGACCCUCCAAAGAUGUGGAAACUGUCAUGAUUGGGCUUAGCUAGAGUACUGAGGUCAGAUGCAGUGGAAAAAAGAUCCAGUACCAUGACCUGGGUGCGGAUUCGAAAUCUCAAGAUCUGCAUUUUUGUGUGUCCUGGAGGAGAAAGAUAUGCAAAACUUCACAUUUCCUUCCGAUGAACGACUACAGGAAAGUAGUUCAGCGACCAAUGUUUGUGCGUAAAAUUCAAGCAUUUGUUUACAAGUGGACCGAAUUGUUAAAUAUUUUUGAGUGAAUUUAUUAUUGCCAACUUGAGCAAAGUAAUGACAAUGUUUACAAGCUGUUACCUCAUGUUUAGGUUGGUUAUUUUUUUUUGGUAAAUUUUAAAUGACAAAAAGUAUGUCCACAAGCAUGAUUGUGAAUUCUUAAAGUUCCACGCCUGCCACUGUACUCUAUGAUGGAUGUGUGGGUAUUCUCCUUAAAGUAUUUUUAUUGAUAUCGUUUCGUUAAAAACACUGAAUACUGAUAUUUUGUUGAUUCUUUGAA